AUGACUCUUAUGAGAUCCAUGGUUUUGGUGAUGCAAGCAAUACCGCUUAUGCUGCUGCAGUAUUCAUCCGAAUUCAAAGACAAGGCAAGUGUCCCGCCAGCAGAUCUUUUGGCGCUUGAGCGGGAGGAAAUUAUCCUCCUUCUGAAAGAGGCGAAUUCCUCUGAAGAGGAAGAUCGACCCAGCAAGGACCGCAUCCGCUUCGAAGCGAGGCACAGGCUCGUCGAAAAAUGGCAAGAAAGAUGGGACGGGGAGGUAAAAGGUCGAUGGACUUAUCGCCUUAUACCGACACUCGCCACUUGGUUAAUUAGGAACCAUGGAAAGGUCUCCUAUUAUUUGACAAAAGCGCUGACAGGUCACGGAUGUUUUAAUUCGUACCUGCAGCGCUUUAAGAAGAGAGAGAGUGAGGUGUGUGCUUACUGCCAGUUCCCUGUGGACAGCGCAGAGCACACUCUCUCAAGUCGAUGGGACUUGGAGAAGCAGGCCAUGUUCAUCGGUGUAAACGCUAUAGUUACACCGGAGAACAUGGUAGCGCUGAUGAUCCAGUCCCAGGAAAACUGGCGGCUCAUCGAGACCUUUAUCAUCUCUGUUAUGAUGAGAAAGGAUCUCGAUGACCGCAGAUAG